AUGAUAAAUGACCUGAGGGUCCGUGAAUUCCAUUCCUGGAAAUAUGUGGAUGACACUACUGUAGCCGAGAUCGUGCCACGAGGAGAGUCGAGCAACAUCCAAAGUGCUGUUCACGCUAUUAAAACCUGGUGGUGCGAUCAACGAAUGACCCUAAAUGCCGAUAAGUGUAAAGUCAUGAACAUGAACGACUUUGAGAAGAACAAGCAUGCUUUCGCUGUAACCUUUAAUGGGAAGGAUCUCUCUGUUGUUAGCCCUGUCAAGAUCUUAGGUGUGACUCUCUCUAAACAUCUUACGUGGAAUGAUCAUAUAUCUGAGGCGAUCAAGAAAGCCAAUAAGAGAUUAUAUUUCCUGGUUCUCCUUAGGAGAGCGGGAGUGGACCCUCGUGAUAUAAUCAACUUUUACUGCUCUGUUAUCAAACCUGUCCUGGAAUAUUGUUCUUCCGUUUUUGACCAUGCAUUGCCCGAGUAUUUAAGUCAUGAUAUCGAGCGAGUACAGAAAAGGGCGUUAAGCAUCAUCUUACCAGAUUGUUGUUAUAGUCUAUGCUUGAGUAACCAUAAUUUAGACACUUUGCAGUCUCGGCGCGAGGAACAUUGUUCUAAACUGUUUGAUUCAAUCUCUAAUGACCACAAACUAUCUCACUUAUUUCCUACCAAUCAUGUAAACCAUUAUAACCUAAGGAGAAUUAGAAAGUACGACCUCCCUGGCGUGCGCAUCCCGAGCAUGUGCCGACUCAAACGACACUGUGUGAAUAUUCGAUUGAUCAAGCCUACCUAG